AUGCCAGCGAUUCCAAAAAUUCCAGAAACUUUGGAAGAAUAUCAAAUAAUCAUUAAAUAUCUUCAGUCAAAAACUAUACCAAAUGAUAUUCAACAAGACCCCACAAAAAAAUCCAAUUUUAUUCGUCAUUGCAAAAAAUUUGAAGUUGAUGAAAAUAAUUUUCUUUAUGUCAAGCCAAUUAUGAAAGAUGGUAUAACAUUGGAAAAACGUUGUGUAAUCCCUAAAUAUGAUGAAGAGAUACGUGCUUUAAUUUUGGAACAUUUUCAUGAUCAAGCAAAUCAUCGGGAGUAUCACAAGACUUUCUUUGCAAUUUCAGAAAAACAUAUUGGAAUUACACAAGAGGAAGUAAGAACAUAUGUAAAUCAAUGCAAUACUUGUAUCAUAACUACUUCUAUCAAAAAAAAAACUGACAUGAAGAAUGUGAUAUCAACAGCACCAUGUCAGCAUAUUCAAAUUGAUCUAAUCGAUUUCCAAGAUUUUGCUAAAGUCAAUAAUGAUUUUGCAUGGCUACUUACAUGUAUUUGUGUGUUUUCUAAAUUUUUGAUUGCAGUUUCUAUGAAGAAUAAGGAAGCAAGCACAGUCGCAACACAUCUUAUAAAAGAUGUUUUCAAAGUUUUUGGACCCCCUAUGAUUAUCCAAAGUGACAAUGGUAAAGAGUUUGUUGCAAGAAUUAUUACCGAAAUUUGUGAAGCUCUUAAUAUUACAAUCAGGCAUGGUAGGCCUCGCCAUCCACAGUCACAAGGUCAAAUUGAGCGACUUAAUCAGACAGUGGGCCAUGGUUUUACUAAGUUAUUGUGGAAUCAAAGUAACCAGUUACAGAGAAAAGACUGGAUUAAUGUAAUUGAUAUGUUUGUUAUGUCAUAUAAUUCAACUGUCCACAAAGCACAUGGCUGCACCCCGCACGAAGCAAUUUUCGGAUGGAAAAUGCAUUGUGUAUAUGAUACACCCGAUUUCUCCAGAACUAUUGCCACUUCUGAAACUUCCACCUCUAAGACCAUCACUGCCACCUCUAAGAUCACUGUUUUUGAAACCACCACCUCCGAAACUAUAACAGACAAAGCUGCUAUGGAACAAUGCAUUUCACAUAUGCUCAAAAUUCACCAAUCCAUAAAUGCUUCACUUGAAAAGUAUCGUGAAAAGUUAGGCUGUAAUAAUGUGCAUAGAAAGAAAAUGGCAAAUAAUACAAUCAAAACUGGAACUGAAGUUGCUAUUGCACUCGAUCAUAAUAUGAAUCAACAAACUCACAAGAGAAAGUUGCAGCCGACCUUUUCAGAACGAGGUGUUUUUAAGUCCCUCAAGUCCAAUAAUCACACUGCAAUUGUUGAAGUGAAUGGCAAAGAUGUUCAAAUUCCUGUCAAACGGUCUUACUUCCACCAAGAUGUUGCAACGUGA